UGUAGAUAUGUGCAGCCAACGCACCUCGUUUCAAUCCAGAACGUUUUAUGUCUAUGACUCGUUUAGAUCAAAACAGGACUCAGUAUAUGCUUGCAGAGAAAGCAGGCUGCAAGAUUCCGGAAGUAGAUCGUGUGGUAGUUUGGGGUAAUCACAGUUCAACGCAAUAUCCAGAUAUCACUCAUGCCAGAAUCAAGGGAGAAUCUGCCAGGAAGGUUAUCAAUGAUGAGAAGUGGAUUCGGGAAGUGAUGAUUCCUAAGGUACAGCAAAGAGGAGCUGAAGUUAUUAAAGCUCGAGGUGCAUCUUCUGCAGCUUCCGCAGCAGCAGCAGUUGUUGAUCAUAUGAGAGACUAUUGGCAUGGAGUUGGUGAUCGUUGGUGUUCUGUAGGAAUUCCUAGCGAUGGAACUUAUGGCAUUGAUGAAGGACUUUGGUAUUCUGUACCUGUGAUGUGUCCUGGUGGACAUUACCGAAGGAUCUUGAACCUUCCAAUUGAAGAGUUUUCUGCUUCUAUGAUGGAAAAAAGUCGAAAGGAGUUGGUUGAAGAAAGAGAUGCUGUUCGUCAUUUGAUUCCAAAAGAAUUUGGAGAAAAGUUGUAUACCACAAAGAAGAAUGCAGCCACUAGUGCUGGAAAGAAAGCUGCUUCUAAAUAAAGUCUUUGAAUAAAGAAUUAUAUUUUUUUCUUUUUGAAUCCAUCUGAAAUAAAUUCCGUUGGUGUUUU